AUGUCUGACUCCAAAGAAGGACAAUUCACGGUUCUUUACUUUGCUACCGCUGCCUCUUACACAUCGAAGGAUUCCGAGGCAUUUCGUGCACCUUUACCUCUCUCGCAAUUAUUCAAGACUCUAGAGAAUCAUUACAAUGGAAUUAGAGAUAAAGUGUUAAGAAGCUGUUUGGUGACGAUCAACUUGGAGUAUGUUGAUAUUCCAGAGGCAGGCUCUGACAAUACGGAAAUGAUCAUUAAAGAUGGGGAUGAGGUUGCAAUCAUUCCACCAGUGAGCUCUGGAUAA